GAUACUGACUCCAACAUGGAGUACGCAUGGGAUGAAGAUAUCUUUCUUGAUCUAUCCGUGGGGGAAUUUCAAUUUAGUGACAGAGGGGAGGAUUAUGUCCCGGAUCCCAGUCGCAUCAAGAUCAGUAAAACCAUCAAUUCAUGCCCAGUCCAACCCUCCCAAGAAUGUUGUGCAAGGGGCUACAAUGAUAGUGGUAGAAAGCUCAGUAUGUACUACGGCACCACCAGGGAGAAUGCUCAAUCCAUCCUGGCCAACGGUUUUCGCCAGUCUGCAGACGGGAUGCUCGGCCGUGGCAUCUACCUCAGCACAGAGCUGAAAAAAGCUAAACGCUAUCCCAUUGGUCACCCUGAGUCUGACAAGGUUGUCAUUCAGGUUAAGGUCAAUGUGGGGAAAGUGAUCUCAAUCAAAUAUCAAGGCCACCCUCGUCAGAAAAACUGGCAUGACUCCAGAUAUGGCCUGGUGUAUGACACCGCCUGGAUGCCACCUAGGUGUGGAAUCUUGAAGAGUGGUUCAGAGGACAGUUGCGUCUGGGAUCCCAGUCGAAUCCAGAUCAUUAAAAUCAUCGAUCCACACCCAGUCCAGCCCUCUGAUGAAGGUGGUGCAUGGACCUGUGCAUUUUUGUGUAUUAUUAUAUUUUUAUGGAUUUUCUUCAUAUUUAGAUUGUAUGACACUACCACCAACAUGCUGUACGAGUGGGCUGAAGAUGACUUUGAUGUACCUGAUGGGGUGGGUCAACUGGGCCUCUCUGAGCCCGUUAAUAACAGGAAGUACAUCAUGUACCAUGGCACCACCAAGAAGAAUGCUGAAUUGAUUCAGGCCAGCGGUUGUUUUCGCCGGUCUGCUGGCGGGAUGCUCGGCCCCGGUGUCUACCUCAGCAGAGACCUGGAGAAAGCUAGCCGCUAUCCCAUUAAUCACCCUGAGUAUGACAGGAUUGUCAUUAAGGUUGUUGUCAAUGUGGGGAAAGUCAUCGCCAUCAAUUAUCAAGGCCACCCUCAUCAGAAGACCUGGCAUGACUUUGGAUAUGACACCGCGUGGGUGCCACCCAUGUGUGGAAUGGUGAAGAGUGGUUUGGAGGAGGAUUGUGUCUGGGAUCCCAAUCGCAUCAAGAUCCUUACAACCAUCAGACCACGGCCAACCCAACCCUCAGGUAGAUGUGGUGCAUGGGGCUACAUGUGAGCUCUGUUAGAUGUUACCAGUUUAUUUUGUAUGUUCAAAUUUAUUUUUAUAUAUUUGGAUAAAAGGUAAAAGACAUUUGUACUUUGUUACUGUGUCACUGUAACCUGAAAAAUAAAUGGUUCAUAUUAAA